AGACUCGUUAUCCAGCGGCCCAGACCCGCCCGGCACUCCCCAGAGAUACUUGGGCGGCAUUCAUAAUGGACACAGCGGACACACAGCAUCCCCACUAGGGAAUCCCAACAUCAACAGUGGCAGCAACAGCAAUGUUAGUUUUAAUGUUGCGCAGGCCAAUGAGCUUGAGCUGGAUCUACGGCUUGGCGGAAGCAAAAGCAGCCGAGGACGCCGUGGCGGUGGCGGUGGUGGUGGUGGCCGGGGGCGCGGUAGCAGGGGGCGCGGCGCGGGCGCGGAGCCAAAGUGCCAACAACACCGAAUGCACCGAUACAUAGCGACAGCCGAUUGGCGGCGGAAACCAGCCCGCGGGCAUUGCAGGACGCGGGAGAAUGGAACGGCGACGUCUACAACGAAACAUGGGUGAUCCGCAUGGAAGACCUCGUCGACCGCGGCACCGUAACGCAACUCCCCGGCGGCCAAUACCAAAUCGCCGCGGAUAUCCUAGGCACUGGUCGCAGCUCCAUAACCAUUGGCGCAGCAGUAGGCGGCGACAAGCGGCGGUUCAACCUCAAAUGGUUGUAUGAAUACCCCUGGCUGCGAUUCGACCACCAGUGCAACGCCAUGAUCUGCGCCAUGUGCAAGCAGUGCAAACGCGCAAACCAGUUUGCCAAACGUGGCAGCCGCAACUUCAAGACGUCUGCGUUGGUCGAUCACUCAUCGAGCAAUGACCACCAGAAGAGCAUUGUGCAUUUUGGCGGCGCUAUGCCUGGCCCGCCGUUGGCUGACGGUGUGGACGUGGCGCUGGGAUUGGAGGACGACCAGUGGCUGGUGCAACCAUUGGAUCCCGGAGCCCUGGCAGCUGCUGCCGCUGGUGCGCGGCCUGAUGCGCGGCAGAGUGAGCCUGCCCCCUUGGCUCGGACGGAUGUGCCGGACCUGCCCGAGCAGCAGCCAUGCGCAGAUCCCGCGCCCUCGCUGCCUGCAGCUGUGGAGGCGGAGGGCGGAGCGACGCUCGAAAAGAUGGUCGACCGCCACAUGGUCGCCCAGCAGUCAAACACCAUGGAGUCGUACAUCACAACAGACUCUAUAACGCCCAUCGACAGCAGACUCACGCCGACACGAGAGGAGCAGCUGGCGGAUGGGCUGGCCCUGCGACAUCAGCAGCGGCAGCAACAGCACGGCGACCUGCAUCCACAGCCAGCCGAUCCUACAGGGGCGACGAUGCCUGCCCCGGAAUCGCGCAGCCUGGCGCCAGCCGAGGGCCUGGCCGAGGCCAGUAUCCAGGCGGUGCGCAAGGCCAGCCGGCAGAUGGUCGGCGGCAGUGGCUCGCACCCGGACGAAAAGUACACGCGUGAGUUCGGCCACGCUGUGCAGGCACUGCUGCAGGCCAUGCGGCUGAACCUGUCGAUCAGCUCCGUGCCCGAGCUCUACCGCCUGCAGAUGCAGCCCACGCCGCUAUCGGCCAUUGGCUCAAUGGGCGCGCAUACCCGCGAAAACAGCGAGCUGCGCCUGGCAGGCGCCUUGACCAACUCGACCGAGGCGGCACGCACGCUGCAGCACGUGGUGUCGAGCGAGAUCCUGUCGCUGGUCAAGGACGAGGUUAGCCAGUCGCCGGCGUUCUCGAUCAUCAUCGAAGAGGCGCCGCUGCGCGAGCACAACAGCCUUGUUGCGCAUGUGCUGCUCUACCUGCGGUACAUGCGGCGCGACCCUGUGGCCAAGGACGGGCUGCAGGUCGUGACGCGGUUCUGGCGCUGCGUGCACCUCUACCACGAACAUGAGGGGCGUGUGGCACGGCGCGACGCCACCGGGCUGGUGCUGACCUUGCUGGAGCGCGCCAGGAUCGACGCUAGCCGCCUGGUGUCCAUCUCGUGCGAGCGGCCGGUAUCGCGCGAAGAUGAAGAGGCCGAGCGCCGGCGCCAGCCGCACAUCAUCCACUGGCACGGCAUCUUCACGUACGCCAACUCGCUGUCCCCGCAGGUCUAUGAGGAAAUCACGCACUGUAGCGAGGACUUUGUGCAUUUUGCCAUGACCCUGAUGGACCUCUGCCUGUUCAUGUACUCGCACCCGACGAGCUUUGCCUUUCUCGGCGCUGACUUCCAGGAGAUGCUGUACAAGACGCUGUACGAGAUCUUUCUGGGCGAGGGCUCGCUGAGUACUAGGCUUCCGAUUUCCCUGACGCCGGCCAUUGUCAUUGCGAUCACGCGCAACAUUGCGCAAAUCAUGGCCACCGUUGUUGCCCUGUCCAAGACGCCCAUGCGGUCUGACGCGGCGGCCAGCAGCGACACCAUUCCUGACAGCGGCGGCGACAUCGCUGGUCCUGCACCAAAGUCGCCGCGGUCCUCGCUGCAAAUCCCGCUGCCUGUCGUCGACAUCCUGGUGUCGUCGUUUGGCGGCCUGGGCUCGCGCAAGAGCGUCGGUCGGUGCCCGCCGGCCGACGCCCUACUGGCGCAGCUGUGCGACUACAGCUUUCUCGGGUGCGUGCACUUCAUGGCAGACAUCCUACUUCUGGUCAAACCGGUCAUCGAUAUUGCCGGCCGCAGCGACAUGCCGACAGGCGCACUGAGCGCCGCCGCCGCCGGGGACUCGGCGAGUCCCACGCUGGACCAGCGGCUGCGCGCCUUUGUCGAGACCGUGCGGGACGCGAUCGAGUCCGUGACGCUGAUGUACAGCGACGAGUGCGGUAGCACAGACGACAAUGAUAUUACGCAGAGUGGCGAGAACAAUGACGACGAGUACCAUGGCUUCCACCUCAAUGAGUUCAUGCAGCUGACCGAGUGCCGCGUCAACACUGAGUGCCGGUUUAGGCAUUUCACCGUAACCAAUUAUUUGGGCGCUGUGAGCCAGGCCAACCUUGUUGAGCUCAUUCACACAGUGUCCUCGUCGAUUCUGCAUGACCUGCAUCAGCGCUUUGGCGCCCAUGAUAUCGCGACUAUCCAGGCGAUGGCAGAUAUGUGGGACCCGACGCAGUUUCCUAGCGCCCCCGCUGGUGUGGUUGGCUUUGGGCAGGGCCCGGCAGAGGUGCUUGCGGAGCGUUUGUCCAAGGCGCCGCUAGUGCAGUCAGCGAACGGACAGGUGCAUGGGGUUGAUCGGGCACAGCCCAAUAUGCCACUGAUCGAUGCCACUACAUUGGUCAAGGAGUGGACUGAGUUUAAGGCUGAAAUCUAUGGCGAGCUUGACGAGCAGCUCCGGCUCCAGCAGCAGCAGGGCCAGCAGGGUGUGCGACUUUCGCCCGAGAUGAUACAGCUCGCAUACCGCAACAAGCUGUUCCCCGAAAGCCACCUUGCGCCAAGCCGGCGUCGCCUAAGAUCAGUCGAAAACAACUACGACACGGACAUUCACACGAGCAAAAUACCAAAGCCAGUGCCUGGUCGCGCUACGGCAAUCUCGCCAAACUGGCCACAGCCUGGAACGUUCUGCCAUUGGCGCUGAGCACAGACUUGCACCAGUUUCGGCGCCUCUACGAGCGGCAGCUAUCGCGCAUCUGCCGCGAGCAGGCGGAGAACAAGCUGCAGUCUAUCAGCUUUGACAUUGGCGAUACUUUUUCAGAGCUCCUUGGUCGCUUGGCGUCGCCGCAUCAGC